UUCCCUUUACUGUAUAUAUAGUGAUGCCCCAUUUUACAUCAGCAACUACUUAUAGGAGGAGAAGAAAAUCAGAACUUCACUCUCUAUCUUGCAGCACAAUAACUAAAAGAAGAUGGAAGGCAUCAUUCCAAAGAGCAAAGCCAAAGGUGUUGAUUUCUGUGGUGUGGAUUCAAAUUAUUAUAUAGUACGCUCUGAUCUUGGCUGUUACAUGUGGUCAACAAAUUUCCAUCGGGGUAGCGACCUUAAAGUUUACAGCUUGCACCCCUCCUGUCAGGGUGGAGACCACUACCUUGCCUAUGACGACAACACAUUUUACAUCAUCAAGGGCAACGUUUAUCGCCGUGUGUCCAAUAUGAGUGCUGACACUGAUGCUGUGGUGUAUGACCUCCACCCAAACUGUCGUGGAGGUGACCACUAUCUGUCUGCUUAUGGAAAUUUCUAUAUUAUCUUUAAGAGCAGAGGCGUGUACCGCCGAACUUCCAAUAUGAACAAAGAUAGUGAUGCAGUAGAAUACACCCUGCAUCCCAAUUGCAAGGAUGGCCUGUAUUACUGGGGCACAAAGAGCUACACUUACUUUGUCAAGCCAAAAGAUCAGUGGGGAAUCCAGUACCACAAAACCGAUAACCUUCACGAAGAUACUAAGGCAGAGACAUUCUCAAUUCAUCCUGAUGUAGUCGACUUCCUGCCUGGAGGGCUGGGUGAGACUUAUGGCCCAGCAUUUGGGAAAUGGGAGCUCAUUAAGACCAUUGCCAAUGAUUCUGAAACUCCCAUAACCUGGGAAAAAAAGAUAACCCGGAAAGUGGGCUACGUCAAGUCCAAGAUGUCAAGUAUAGAGCACAACUGGAAAGUGUCAAUGAGCGCUACGUAUCAGUCAGGGACUCUGACUGAAAGCAUUGCCAAAUUCCAAUUCUCGUUGUCAGCAGAAUAUGGCGGGAAAAGUGUCAACACAGAAGGCGAAAACUGGGAAGAGGCAACUGAGGUAGCAGAGAGUGUGAACCUGACUCUGAAGCCCCACCAAAAAAUAUAUGUGUGGCAGUACAAGCUUGGCUUUGGCAAGGAAGAUGUCCUGUUUUGCCGUGACAUGAGAUUUGAUGAUGAUCCUACACCACCUACUGACAUUCCUCUCCCACCAGCCAGAAAGUAACAUCUUGCUGAUUCUCUGGAUGUGUGAGGUGUUAUCUUUCAGGGUUCUUCAGGGUUAGUCAUACUGUAGCUUGCAUUAGGGAUGAGGCUUGAAUCAAUACCGGAAGUGGUUUAUUAAUAAGAAAGCUUUUUUUGUAAAUUACUUGCUGAGAAAUAGAAUGAUAGAAGUAAUGUUUAUCAUUAUCUAAGUUUUAGGAAGGAGAAUAAUACAAAGCAAUAUACUGUAGGAUAAAGUGCUGGUGUGACAAGAAUUAUCUUAACCUACGUAACCAAAAGUACUAAUCAUUAAAUCUGUUUACCAUUGAUUACAUUUACAUCUAUAGAUUCUUACAUUUAAAAAAACAACUGUUUAUAAAAUUGUUAUUCUGUGAUUUCAUUUAUUUCUUAAUAAAUUGUGACAUUGCA